AUGUCCGCGCCCUGGGCCUUGGUGUGCCCGUCAAGCCGCGGCAUCGGCUUCGCCCUGACGCGGCACCUGCUACGGACGACGCGGCUGCCCGUGCUCGCGACCACGCGGCACCCGGAGCCGGGGACGACAAAGGCCGCCAUCCUCGAGGGCAUGGAGUCGGACGGCCCGGCGGGCUCGGCGGGCUCGGCGGGGUCGCGGCUGCGCGUCGUGCGCGUCGACGUCACGGACGAGGCGUCGGUGGAGGCGGCGUCCCGCGCGGCGCGGCGGCUGUUCCCCCCCGCGCGCCACCACCUGCACCUGGGCUUUGCGAUGCCGGGGGUCCUGACGCCCGAGAAGAGCCCGGCGCAGGUCGACGCGGACGCCGGGCUGGCCAUGCUGCGCGUCAACGUCCUGGGGCCGCUGCUGCUCAUGAAGCACUUUGCCGAGUUUCUGCCGCGGCGUGGCACGCGCCUCCGCGCCCCGGGGCUGGACGCGGAUGCGGAUGCGGACGCGGAUGCGCAUGGGAACGGGGAUGGCCUCGCCGCGCGCGCCGCGUGGGUCUUCAUGUCCGCGAGGCUCGGGUCCAUCGCGGACAACAGGUCCGGCGGCUGGUUCUCGUACCGCGCCAGCAAGGCCGCGGUGAACAGCGUCGCCAAGAGCCUGGACGUGAUGCUCAGGGCGAGGAGUGGCGACAAGGCCGUCGCCGUCGCCUAUCACCCCGGCACCGUGAGGACGGGGCUGAGCAGGGACUUUUGGGCGAGGGUCCCCCAGGACCGGCUGUUCAGCCCCGAGUACGCGGCGGAGAGGAUGCUGAGCGUCGUGAAUGGGCUGCAUCUGGGUCAGCGCGGCAAGUGUUUGGACUGGAGGGGCGACGAGGUCCCGCCCUAG